AAAACAAGUGAGGUUUUGUGUGAACUGAAAUUCUACAACAAAAUAGUGUACACCCAAAAUUCUCCCUUAAGGAUUGCAGGAGCCUCAUCCAGUGUUACCUGCAUCAAUGGCUACUUCCUCAGCUACUGCUCUCUCAUCAUUUCUCUUCCACACCAUCCCAAUCAAAACUUGUCCUAUCUAUUCUGCACAUUCUUUACUUUCAUUCUCAAAUCAUAAAAUUUGGAAUCCCAUUUCGGGCACUUCGUUGAAAAUACGACCUUCGGCUUCUAGCAGUCUCAGGGCACCAACUCGCCUCCUCCGCUGCACCUCUCCUCACACUAUCUCUACGAGCGAGACCCAUUAUGAGUUUUUUGAUGGGUCAUCUGAUGUGGAGCUGCGGUUAGAUCUUGGCAAUGGAGGAGACAUAAGUCCUAAAGACAUAUUUAUUGAUUCAAAUGAGAGUUCAUUAACAAUUAGAAUGCAGCAUUCUGGAUCCAUUCGAACUCUAAUGGAGACCGGUGUUUUGUAUGAGAGGAUAAAGCCUUCUGAGACCAUAUGGUGAACUGAAUGGUAUAUAGAUGAUAAUCAACUGGUUAUCAGCCUGAAGAAACUAGAUCCUGAAGUGAAAUGGCCUGACAUUGUGGAGUCAUGGGAAUCCCUAACCACAGGAGUUAAGGAACUUCUCAAAGGAACAUCUAUAUACUUAGUUGGAGAAUCUACAGAUACCAAUCAGACAAUAGCUCGAGAACUAGCAGUUGGUAUUGGGUAUACUCCACUCAGUACAAUGGAUCUCUUGGAAGCCUAUACCAAGGAAUCCUUUGAUUCAUGGGCAAGCAAGGAGGGACCCGAUGCCGUGGCAGAUUCAGAGAGUGCCAUAUUUGAAAGCCUCAGUAGCCACACCCGUGCUGUAGUGGCAACUUUAGGAGGAGAGAUGCAUGGUGCUGCUAGAAGAUCCAACAGAUGGCGACAUCUCUUUUCCGGGUUCACAAUCUGGUUAUCUCAAUCUCAAGCUACAGAUGAAGAUAUGGCCAAAGAGGAAGCCCGGAAGCAGAUGGAAGGGUAUCUUCAAGGUUACUCUAAUGCUGAGGUAGUAGUUAAGCUUGGAGGCUGGGAUCCUACAUACUCCAAGACAGUUGCUCAAGCUGUACUUGGUGCCCUAAAACAGUUAAUUGUGUCAGAUAAAAACCUCUCAGGUAAAAAGAGUCUAUACAUAAGAUUAGGGUGCCGAGGUGACUGGCCAGAUAUCAAACCCCCAGGCUGGGAUCCAUCAACGUCUGAAAGAACUUCUGUAUUGUAGAUUGGUAGUCUGUAUUUAUUAUUGGGUUUGUGCCAUUACUAGGGGACUUUUUGUUUCAAUUUAUCAGAUACUGCAAGUUUUGUCGUAUUGGCUUUUCCAGCAGUUUUAUAAAUGCGAUAGUAGAGAAACAGAUGUGCAUUAAAAUGAUAAAAUUGCUGCAGAAUAUCUGCAAAACUAAUGAUAUUGAUGUAUUGACUAUUGAUAAAACUCAAAGUCCAAUACUCCAAUGUGACAACUAAAACACGAAAG